CAGCUCUACCAGGGCCCCGGGAACUUUUGCUCUGCGGCCGCGUGAGCUGGGCAGCGAACCGAGCGCAGAGCGGAGCCUCGGGGGCUGUGGCGAAUCGGCGACGGGUCUGUAUUGGCGGAGCGAGCGGGGCCGCAGCGCGCUUUGGAGACUCUGUGGACCCGGCGGGUGCGCGCCUCCCUGUGACCGCUGCCCGUCCGGAGGUCCCCGCCCGCCCUGACACCCCUUCCCGUCCCCCGAGGACCGCUGCCCGCCGCGCCACUAGGAUGGAUCCUGAGGUCUCUGCCGUCCGGCUCACCGUCUGGGAGGCUGUUCACAUCCUUUCAUCUUCUGAGGAUGGGGGCCGCAUCUUCUGCACCCUGGGGUCCCUGAAGCGCUAUCUUGGUGAAACGGAGAAUUCAGCCCUCCCUGAGGAGCAGGAGGAGUUUGCCAGGAUCCACUUUUCCACCUUUCUCAGAUGUCUGGUCGGCAAGCUGAGCCCCGACUGGCUGGAGCUGCUGCCUGACGGCCAAAUGGAGGAGCUGUGGGCCAGCUUCUUCCUAGAGGGCCCAGCUGACCAAGCCUUCCUGGUGCUGAUGGAGUCCAUCGAGGGUGCUGCCAGCCCCAGCUUCCGUCUGAUGAAGAUGGCACGGCUGCUGGCCAGGUUCCUGAGCGUGGGCAGGAUGGCCGCUGUGAUGGAGGGGCAGUGUCGGCAGCAGGCAGGGCCAGCCUUCCCCCUGCUCCAGGAGACGCUUCUCACCAAGGUGGUGGGCCUGCCCGAUCUCCUGGGCAACCGUCUGCAGCGGGAGAACCUGGCCACAUUCUUCCCUCAGAACUACUUCCCUCUGCUGGGCGAGGAAGUCCUGCGGGUGCUGCAGGUGGUCGUGGACUCUCUCCGAGGUGGCCUGGACUGCUCCGUCUCCUUCCUGUCUCAGGUCCUGGGGAAAGCCUGCGUCCACGGGAGACAGAAGGAGGUUCUGGGCGUGCUUGUGCCCCGGCUGACGGUGCUUACCCAGGGCAGCUGCCUCUGGCAGCGGGUCUGCUGGUGCCUGGUGGAGCGCGUGCCCGACUGGGCCAUGGAGGCCGUGCUGAAGGGGUUCGUGGAGGCCGCCCCAGGGCCUGAAGUCCUCUCACGGCUGCUGGGGAACCUGGUGACAAAGAGUAAGAAGGCCCAGUUUGUGAUGACCCGGAAGCUGCUGUUCCUACAGUACAGCUGCACGAUGCCCAUGCUGCAGAGCCUGCUGGGCUACCUGGCCAUGGACAGCCAGCGGCGCUCGCUCCUCAUGCAGGCGCUGAAGGAGCUCCUGGAGACGUGGGGCAGCAGCAGCGCCAUCCGCCACGUGCCCCUGGUGCAGCAGUGCUACGUCAGCAAGGCCAUCCUCAUCUGCCUGGCGCACCUGGGGGAGGCAGAGCUCCGGGACAACCAGGACGAGUUAUUGGCCAGCCUCAUGGAGGGAGUGAAGAGCCGCCUGGACAGCAGCCUGCCCCCCGUGCGCCGCUUGGGCAUGAUCGUGGCUGAGGUGGCCAGCGCCCGGAUCCACCCCGAGGGGCCUCCCCUGAAGUUCCAGUAUGAAGAGGAUGAGCUGACCCGCGAGAUGCUGGCUUUGGCCAUGCCCCAGCCCACGGCUGACAGCCCCUCGGAGGCGGGCCCGUCUUUCGCUCCGGUCAGUGGAGAGACUCCUGACAGAGAGACUGUGGACCGCAGCGGCCCCCAGGUUGGGCCUGAGGGCUCCGACUCCGAGCUGGACAGCGAUGAUGAGUUUGUCCCCUACGACAUGUCGGUAGACAGGGAGCAGAGAAGCAGCAAGGCACCCUCGUACGUGCGGGGCUGUUUGGAAGCUCUGACCGGGUCCGAGGACUGGGAGCGCUGGGAGGCGGCCCUGCGGGCCCUCGAGGGGCUGAUCUUCAGGAGCCCGGCUGCCACUCAGGAGGUGAGCGUGGAGCUGGCCAAGGUGCUGCUGCACCUGGAGGAGAAGACGGCCGUGGCGGGGUUCGAGGGGCUGCGCCAGAGGACCCUGGUGGCCGUCACAGUCACAGACCCGGCUCGGGUGGCGGAGUACCUGACCGCGCAGUUCUACGCCCUCAACUACAGCCUCCGGCAGCGCAUGGACAUUCUGGACGUCCUGACUCUGGCCGCCCAGGAGCUGUCUCGGCCGGGGCGCCUUGGGAAGGCUCCCCAGCGGGGCUCCCCAGACCCCGGCUCCCAGCCUGGUGGUGCUGUGGUCCCGGCCUGGCGGGCGGUGGUGGAGGAGCGCGUCAGACGCAAGACCCGGCGGUUUUCCAAGGGCUCUGUGGGGCGGGCACCAGCCGUUGGCCCCAACGAAUUCAACUCGGUGGCUGGCUACUUCUUCUUCCCCCUCCUUCAACAUUUUGACAGGCCUCUUGUGACUUUCGACCUUUUGGGAGGUGACCAGUUGGUUCUUGGGAGACUGGCCCACACCUUAGGGGCCCUGAUGUACCUGGCUGUGAACACCACGGUGGCUGUGCCCAUGGGCAAGGCCCUGCUGGAGUUCGUGUGGGCCCUUCGUUUCCAUGGUGACGUCUAUGUGCGGCGGGGCUUGCUGUCUGCUGUCUCCGCCGUCCUCCUCAGCGUUCCGGCUGAGCGGCUGCUGGCAGACCUGCUGGACGAGCUGCUGGAGGCCCGGUCCUGGCUGGGAGACGUGGCCGAGAAGGACCCAGACGAGGACUGCAGGCUGCUGGCAGUGAAGGCACUACUGCUUCUGGAGAAGCUCCGAGACAAGCUCCUCCCGCUCUCCUCUCCUUAGCCCCCGACCCCCAGGAGGCAUGUCCCGCUGGAAGAGUGCGGGCUGGGGGCCAGCACGUGGGGCGGAGGUGCAGCUGGUACAGCCUGGAGUGUCUGCGGCUCAGCGAAGACUCUGCAUCAGGGCCUCGGGUUCUGCCCGCCACGGACUGGGACUGGGACGUGGCCUCUGAGGCUUGGGCUCCAGGACGGCUGCUCAGCCCAGUGCCUCCGUGCAGCCUGCAGCCUGCAGAGCUGGGGCCACUGGGCCUGGGGGCUUCUUAGCGAUGUGCCCCCAGCCCUUCCUCACCUAAAGGCCAGGGACUUUAAGAACAACAGAAAAGGAAGAAUAAAAGAGGU